AUGAGCGAAGGUAGCUUCCAACGUCCGUUGCGCGGCGGUUGCCAGUGCGGGCGCAACAGUUACAUCAUCGAGGUCCCGCAAGGCACCACCGACAAAGCGCAGGUGCUCUUCCAUACAGACUCAAUGCACAUUCCUCUCGCAACCCCACUAGCCGCCAUGAUCCGAGUGCCACUCUCGUGGUAUCACAGCUCAACCCACGCCUUCUACCCGGACGAAAGGCACUCCGCGAUCCGCCGCGUCUUCGAAUCACCCUCCAACCACCACCCCUCGAGACGAAACUUUUGCGGCUUCUGCGGCACGCCGCUGUCCUACUGGACCGAGAGACCCCCUACCGAGGCGGGGUUCAUCCAUCUGACCCUUGCGAGCCUGCGAGGCGAAGACCUACGAGAUCUGGAAGAUCUGGGGCUGAUUCCAGAGUUUGAAGAGCCGGAAGAACAGCCCGCUAUUCCGACAACAACCACGGUAAUUGGGAGAGAAACCCAGGGCGUACCUUGGUUCGAGGGCAUGAUCGAGGGGACCCGUUUGGGCAACCUGCGUCACAGCCAGGUUGUUGAUCAUAGUAAAGACGGGAAAAUUAGGGUUGAAUGGGAGAUUGUAGAGUGGACCGAGGGAGACGACGCUACCGACGUGGCCCCAGCAGCGGAUGGCGAUGUUAAUAUGACGACGAAUCAUCCGGGAAAACGCAAAAUGAACGACCGAGAGGAUGAGGAUGCGGCUGUCGACGGCAUGCAUUAA